GUGGCCACUUCUAAAGCAACUCUGUUUUUCUUGUGCCUUCUUUAAACAGAAGCUUAGAAAGACAAAAGGUGGAUGGACUGACUCUGAAAAGGGCGGAGCUUUGAUUUUUCUUGUCGCAGUCUACUGCUACCAUCGCCAGUGGCCUAGUCAGUCUUGCUCUUGAAACCUCCUGAGAAGAUGCUGUCCUAUGCCCCACCUCUACUCGGUGCUUCUGGGUGCGACACUGGGUUAUCUCCAGCUCUCCCUGAGCAUGUGCAUGGACAGCUGAGCCCAUGGAAAGCCUGAGGGAGGGUGACUCCUGGAAAUUACUGGCUGUGAGGAACAGAAACUGUAGUCUCCAUUGUUGUUCAAAAACCUUCAGGAUGCUGAAGUUGAAGACCAGAUCUCCUGUCUCACCUGCUCAUCCUUCCUUCCAAACCCUGAAGAUGAUUUUACUUUUGCCACAGCAAAGCCAAAAUGAAAUGAAGUGUCACUGUUUGUAAAAUAGCCCACUUUUCCCAUUCUUUUUUGCAGAGGCACUUUGGCAGAGCUUUACCCUGGGAUGGUGCCCAUCUUCCCACUCUGUGAGAAAUGUGCUUUUCCCUGCCACCCUAUGCCUGAAGCCAAUGGGUGGAGGGAGAAGUGAGGAACAGCAGGGCUGCAGGAUAGAGAUGAGGUGUUUUGUUGUUUCUGUGGAGAGCACCUCAUACCGUCCCUCCCCGUGGCACAAAAAAUGUUCACUGCCAGGUCCUCUUGGCAAGCAUCAGUACUGUAAUAGCAGCACUGCCUAUGCUCUGCUCUGUCCCGCCUGCCAGACUCCUCUGCUUGUGAUCUCAACAGCCUGGCAUCCCAGGGAAUUAAUUCAAUCAGCCUUAUUAGUCCUCUGUCCUGGCUGCUGGACAGUAAAAACUGGGCUGUGUGAGCAGGAGGAUAAUUACAACUUUGCAUUCCUGGUACUGCAUGUGAGAAUAAGAGCUUUCUGCUUUCCUGAAUCCAGCAGAGGACCAGAGCCAGCAAGAAAAGAGGGGUGGAAGAAAGCACUUGAAGAGGACUGAACAUUUGCUUUGGCGCUGUGAGCUGCUUUGGUGGUGGAAGGAACUUGCUGAGCCAGAAAGAUGCGUGAGUAUACAGAAAAGAAGGAAACAUGUGGGGCCAUCUGUCUCAAGUACCUGCUCUUCAUCUUCAACUUCUUUUUCUGGCUGGCUGGCGGGGCUGUGAUGGCCGUGGGCGCCUGGACCCUUGCUGAGAAGAGUGACUACAUCAGCCUGCUCUCCUCCAGCACGUAUUCGGCAACUGCUUAUAUUCUGGUGGUGGCUGGGGUGGUUGUCAUGGUUACCGGCAUCCUUGGUUGCUGUGCUACCUUCAAAGAGCGUCGGAAUUUGCUAAGAGUGUACUUCAUAUUGUUACUGUGCAUCUUUCUCCUGGAGAUCAUUGCUGGAAUCCUGGCCUAUAUCUAUUAUCAGCAGCUGAGCAUGGAGCUGAAGCAAAAUUUGAAGAACACCAUGACCCAGAAGUACCGGAAGGCGGGAGAAGAGAGUGUUACCAGUGCAGUAGACAAACUGCAGCAGGAGUUCAAGUGCUGUGGGAGCAACAACUACACAGACUGGGCUGACAGCCAGUGGAUCAAAUCUCCAGAGGCCAGUGGACGGAAAGUCCCAGACAGCUGCUGUAAGACAAUAACUGACCUGUGUGGCCGAAGAGACCAUCCUUCCAACAUCUACAAGGAGAGCGGUUGCAUUACCAAACUGGAAAACUUCAUUCAAGAGCAUCUGAAAAUUAUCGGGGCAGUGGGGAUCAGCAUUGCUUGUGUGCAGAUCUUCGGGAUGAUUUUCACCUGCUGCUUGUACAAGAGUUUAAAGCCAGAACCAUAUUAAUAGCUGCAGGAACUCUUGCUCACCCUCUGCCACUUCCCUUAGUGCCUGCCAACCUGACCACUCGCCACCACCACCACAGAAGUGUCUGUAACCUGAGGACUUGGCUCUGUAAUUAAAUGCCUCUCAAACUAUGCACCACUUUACCUGCCCCUGUAGGGGAAAGCCACUCUCCUUGGUGAUUACAAGGCACCAGGAGUUCAGUGGGUUCUCUUCCUUGGCAAGAAACAAGAGAGCUGUUGAUCUGCUGCUAGAAGCUUUAGCUAAACAGUCCCUUGAUAUAACUACAAAGCAAGAUAUAUCCAGAGCCAUUUCUCCUGAGCCGACAUGAAGGUAUCAGGAUGCUAUACAAGAACCCUGGUUUGCUCUCUGAGAAGUGGCUCAACAGCAGCAGGCAUUGACUGUGAGGACAAAUGACAUUUCUCCGCUGAGCUGGAGCCAGAGCUGAGUCUCUCAUAUGUGGAAGAUCUCUCUCCCUCCUCCCAAGGUGUGCACCAAUGUCCUAACACAGCUGUUCUCUGCCUAAGAGGAUGUCUGCCUGGUUACGUGGGGCAGCACCUACCCUCCCUGCUGAUUGGGAGCACGGUGUGCUGUAGUUGAAAUCUUGUCAUCACUCUGAUGUUGCCGAGAUGUGGGUGCCUUAGGAUUUCUCAGCAAUCCUUCCUCCUCUUGAAGCUUCCCCCAGCACAGUGCCAUUAGGGGCCCCAGGAGGCCUUUUGCCUCCUAGCGGUUCUGGAGCAAAGAUGAUGGGCUACUUUCUAAUUCUUUUGGGUCUAGUCUGUUUUAUUGAGUGGCUUCCAGUGUGAAUGAGAAGACUUUUUUCCUCCUAAGUAUCACCUGCUGAGGUUUGGGGAAGAACUGGUAUAGGCUUGUCUCUCUUGGGCAGGAAGUGAAUAUAUACAAAUGUUUUAUUAGCCUCCAAAGAGCUCACUAAUCAACUAAGGGGUUUCUGACUUUAUUGAGAUCUGGAAGCCUACUUUACUGCUGAGAAGGUCAGGAGAGUCAACUUCAACCAGCUGCCACAAUGUACCUGGUAAAUGGUAGUGUUGGGUUAACUGCCUGUUUGCUGCAGAGGAACAGGUUUUAUUUAAAUAUUCUCUCUGCGUUGGGAUCCUGGAUACAUACAGGACAAAGACAUCCCCAUUGCCAUGGACUUGGUGCCAUCAUGAUGCCAGCAGGGGCUUAGCCUGAAUUCAUAGGAUCUUGUGUGCCUCUUUUCUUGUUCUCACCUUCCUGAUAUGCCUGUUCCACCCACGAAGCAGAAAGGGCUGUGGAGUUUUGGUGUUUUUAAGCAGUGAAGACAAACCCUUUUAUAAACAAAUUUAUUCCCUCUCCUGGCCUUUUAAUGGUGCUGGCUGAGCUAUGUUCCUUGGCAGCAGACUGUUAACAUGAGCAAAAUCACCCAGACCCCUGAAGGGUCUUGCAGCAUCAUGGGGUUUUUAGUUCACAGAGCAGAAAUCUUAGACUGGCACUAAAGGGUGACAAGUUAAAAUUCAGAGCAGGUCAAUCUGAAACACCCCCAUCAACAUCAGACCCAGUAAAUAAUCCUUAACUAAUGCAGAAAGAGUGUUGGAGGAACCGAGGUGUAUCCUUGGUUCCACAGCAGUAGGAAAGAGGGAAAUCUAAAUUAUUGUGUAAUGAUCUAAAGGAGAAACUUCUAAAUUAUUUCUUCUUUUAUAGUCAAGUUCCUGACAAGUAUUGACUACUAACUAAGAGGAAAAUAUUGAGCAUGUUGCUUGAAGCAAUAUUUCUACUUUCUUAAGUAUAUCUUCGUAGCUGCCUUUACCCGGUUCCUUCAGAUAUAUUGUACAGGGUUGGGAAGGCCAGGAAGAAUGAGAUACGAACAUAAGUUGGCUUUUGUCUUUUGAGCUGUUUUAUACUUUGUGUAAUAAUAUACAUUGCUUUUUUUAAACCCAGUUUAAGUUGCUGGCCAAUAGAAAAAUAAAGCUUAAGAUUCUAUACUUA